AUGCCAAUCGAUGCCGCGGAACUCGACAAAGAACGUCGAAAUACCCAAGCAGCCUUUUCCUUAAGCACCGUACCGACAGUAAUUGACCCAACGAAAUUUUCGAAGUGGAAGAGAUUGGUGAGAGUGACGGCGUGGAUCUUACGAUACAUGCGAAAUCUACGAUUAAAAACAAAACCCGAAGAUAAUGUCGACCCGUUAACAGCUGUUGA